AUGUUAAGCAAGCUGCAGGGCCAGCCUGAUAGCUAUGAUAAGAAGUCCCAGUAUCGAUUCGGAAAGACCCUAGGAGCUGGGACAUACGGGAUCGUUAGAGAGGCCGAGUACCAGGGGAACAAAUGUGCUGUCAAGAUCAUUCUCAAAAAGAGUGUUAAAGGCAACGAACAAAUGGUCUACGACGAGCUAAAAAUGCUUCAAACACUGAGCCAUCCUCACAUUGUCAAAUUUCAAGAUUGGUUUGAGUCAAGAGACAAGUUUUAUCUCGUCACUCAACUUGCAACCGGUGGGGAGUUGUUUGAUCGCAUUUGCGACAAGGGCAAGUUCACCGAGAGGGAUGCGUCUCAGACAAUAAAACAGGUUCUUGAAGCAGUGGACUAUCUCCAUGAUAAGAACAUCGUACAUCGAGAUCUGAAGCCUGAAAACCUCUUGUAUCUGACACGAGACCCUGAUUCCGAAUUGGUGCUCGCCGACUUUGGUAUUGCUAAAACUCUCGACAGCCCUGGUGCCGUCCUUACGUCAAUGGCUGGGUCCUUCGGGUACGCCGCACCAGAAGUUAUGCUCAAGCAAGGUCAUGGCAAAGCGGUCGACAUGUGGUCAAUGGGGGUCAUCACAUACACACUGCUUUGUGGAUACUCUCCAUUCCGUUCUGAAAACCUCGCAGAUCUUGUGGAGGAAUGCAAGAGUGGGCGAAUCAUCUUCCACGAAAGAUAUUGGAAAGAUGUCAGUAAAGAUGCCAAAGAAUUCAUUCUCACCCUUCUCCAACCUGAACCGAAACGAAGGGCAACCAGUCGAGAUGCUCUAAAACAUAUCUGGCUCACCGGUGAGACUGCUUCAGACCACGAUCUACUGCCAGAGAUCAGGGCAUACCUUGCCAAGGCGAAAUUGAAGCGUGGUAUCGAGUUAGUCAAGCUGGCCAAUCGUAUCGACGCUCUGAAGUUUCAAGAAGACGACUCAGAGCCAGGUUCGCCAGAUGCAAACGAUAUCCCUUCCAAUGCUCAGAACGCUGCAGGUCUCGCCGUGAAAAACUCAGUUAGAGGUGUCUCACCAGGUCGAGGCCUCACGACCAGUGACUCUCCUGAAAAGAGGCGGCUUAGUAGUGCCGCCAAAAGUGCUAUCUUCAGAGAGGUGGUACUGGCCAAAGUGCGGGAGAUGAAGGAGCAGGAAAAAUCCGACAAAUUGGUGGCGGAGGUCACAAAAGAGCAUGAGAGAAGGAAGAGUUUUUCAGGGCCGCAAAAGUAG